UUUCUUUCUGGCGGUUGACUAAACACGUCUUCAGAAGGUCACAAGUGUGAGAGCGGAAGAGUAGGGCAGAGAGAACUUUUAAAGAAAAAGAGGCGCUUAGGAGUAUGGUCUGAGCAGAAAGUCGGGAGAGAAGAGGAAGGAGAUCAUAAAAGCAGAAAGGAAGAAAGGGAAAAAAAAGGGAGUGAUUAGAGUAGAAAAAAGAGAAAGGGGCGGCAAGCAAGUAGAGAAGCAAUAUUGAAAAGUCGCCUUGAACGGUAUCAUUCGGUUCUGCUUAUAAUAGAACCAGUGAAGAUUCCCUAAUUUCGAUUUAUUUUUCACAUUUUCUCUGUACCACCUGGUUGUGAAAACACCUUUUAGCACUAGCAACUUCUCUUGGAAGAAACUUACACUCAAGUAAUGGACGUAGAAGCAACGAGACAUACAUGCCUUAAGCUAGAAAUCCCCGAUAACGACCCCAUCUUCGUCAAAGGCACGUGGCUCGCCUCUAGCUUCCACCUCUCCAUCACUGACGGCCGUCAUGCUUGGCUAUGUGACGCGAGUGAAGAGGAGGUGAGAGAACGAGCCUUGCAGUGGGACCAACCAGUGGCUGAAUAUAUAGAAUUGGCGGAGCGGUACUUAGGAUUUCAACAGCCUGGUUCGGUUUACAGAUUUUCUGAUGCUGGUGAUGGCAAUAAAAGACUCUCGUGGACUUUUGAGAAGGAAGGGACCAAACUUGAAUGGCGAUGGAAAUGUAAGCCAUCACCUGAUAGCAGGAAGAUAACAUCAGAGAUUUUGGAUUUUCUUAUGGAUGCAAACAUGAGACUGAGUGAAGAAGUUGUUAGAAAGAUUCAAUCAAAUGAGAGAUUAAAAGUGGAAGCUGAGAAAUGCUUAGCACAGAGUGAAAAGUUCAGCAAUGAGAAAUCAGAAUUUGAGUCUGCAAUUUAUGCAAAGUUUCUCCAUGUUUUGAACUCGAAGAAAGCAAAACUCAGAGAGCUACGAGAUCAGCUUUCUAAACAGGAUACUACCAGGAAAUUGCCUCUGGAAGAGGAGGACACAGACGAAACAGAGAGUUAUGACAGGAAAAACAAUGACAGGAAAAGGAAUGAAGAAGCUGCAAGGAAUCUAACGUCCAUUUGAGAAACUAUUUCAAGGAGCAUGGCUCGUGGUUAAAAGAGAAUCAUACACAAGUGGCAUCACCCUCAUCGGCUACAAGUUGUUAGGGUUCUAAUGUGCAUAUUUUUGUCGCCUGUGUUCUAUUUCAACUUAACUGGCAUAAUAAAUUGUUCUUGAGAUUGGAAUUUCUAUUUACUCUCUGUUUGGAUGGUAUUAUUUCGUUGUUAAUUAAUGUAAAGUAUAGUGUUGGGAUAGUAAAA